AUGGCCCCCUCUACGGAAGCAGUGUAUCUGCACGAUGCUUCGCUGAGAACCCUGACAACAGAGAUCGUCUCCCACAAACCAGUCUCGUCACUCUCAGAGGAUGAAAAGAGCUUAAUCAAGAAUGCUGAUCUAGAGAUCUCGGCUAUUACUAUGCGCCAGACUAUCCUCUACCCGCAGGGUGGUGGACAGCCUAGUGACACAGGGUCCAUCUCUCUGAUCGACAAGGAGCCCACCUUCACUGUCUCUCUGGUGCGGAAAACCGAGGAUGGACGAAUUUUGCAUUUCGGCAAGUCUGUAGGCCCAGAUGCCCUGUUCGCUGAAGGCCAGAGCGUCGUUCAGCAAGUCGAUGGCGCCAAACGAGACUACCACUCCCGACUGCAUACUGGAGGACACAUUGUUGGUCUCGCGAUGCAGCUUCUCUUCCCCGAAAUGAAGAAAGUUAAAGCCAAUCAUUUCCCUAAAGAAGCAUGCAUGGAGUAUGAGGGUCUGUUAUAUAAUGAGCAGAAGCCCUUGAUUCAGGCCAAGGUGAACGAAUUGGUCCAGCAGGACCUGCCUGUUCUGAUCUCCUGGGUGGAAGAUGGUUCAGAUCUGAAUGGCCGUGGAGCAUUGAGGGAGGGCCCUGUCCGUGUUGCAAGCAUAGGUGGUCUUGAUCAGAAUCCCUGCGGUGGAACCCACGUACCGACGACCAGUCUGACCGGGCCUAUCACGAUACGCAAGAUCAGUCGGCAGAAGGGGAUCAGUCGGGUUUCUUAUGAGGUACCUUUGGAGGUAUAA